UUCCGGGACUGCAAAGAUGGAGGACAUCAACAAACUCUGGUCCUCACUCGUGGUAGUAGCAGAGAAUGUCUAAUCAUAGGAACUAUUGGGGUCCAUGCACUUAUCUCUCAUUUAUAUAGAUUUAUUUAGCGAUUUGAUCAUAUGUCGUCUUUGUUCUCAUAAGCAUGAUUUUGGUUGAAUCUGGUCUUUACAUUGGGGCUGCCUCGGACCUCAAAGACCUCACAAAAUUAUCAAGUCAGGGUAUCACUCAUGUUCUCACUGUGGAUUCGGAACAAGUAGCUCUACCGUCGUCUCAGUUCAUCACCAAAUAUGUUCGGGCCCUUGACGAUUCGACCACUGAUCUCCUGAGUAAAUUCGACGAGUGCGUUCAAUUUAUCGACGUUGGGAAGGAACCCUCGUGUUCAGUACUUGUUCACUGUCAUGCAGGCCAAAGUAGGAGUGCUGCGGUGGUGACAGCAUACCUCAUGAAAACUCACAAGAUUACUCUUGAACAAGCUCAAAGUAAACUCAUUCAGGUUAAACCUGAUGUGAAGAUAAACGAGAAUUUUCUGGAUCAGUUAACAUUGUUCGAGUCGUUUGGAUACGUAGUGGACAUCUCCUCGCCACAGUACAAACAGUUCAGAUUAAAAAACCUGACGGAACGGUACUCAGAUCUGAAAGAUUUGCCAAAAGAGGUCUUUGCUGCAGAUCCUGGACAAAGCCAAAACACAGAGAUUUCCUACAGAUGUAGAAAGUGCAGGCGCACACUCUUCUGUGGUUCCAGUAUCCUCAGCCAUGAGGUGGGUAACGGCCCAAAUGCCUUUCCCCACAAGAAGACUGCAGGCCCUGGCUCUGGACACCACGCAAGCUGCACCUCCUACUUUAUUGAACCAGUGCGGUGGAUGGAGGACGCCCUGCUGGGAGUCAUGGAUGGGCAGCUCCUAUGUCCGAAGUGCACCUCCAAGCUGGGCUCCUUCAACUGGUAUGGGGAGCAGUGUUCCUGUGGCCGCUGGGUGACUCCUGCCUUCCAGAUACACAAGAACAGAGUGGACGAAAUCAAGCACAUCAACAUACCUGCUCUUAAGUGAUGGAUUGGGAAGUGUCUGAAUUUAAAAUCACAACUUGAUUGUGAUUUUUGAUAUUGUGACUGUAAAUCCCACGUGUGAACUUUGACCAAGUGCUUAUGUUUAGUGGUGCAAUGCAAAACAGCUUGAAUAAGAAUCAGAAUCAUGCUAUGCUUUAUGUUUUAUACUGCAUUUUUACACCUUGAUUAUUCUUUUCCUAAAUCUACACUCUGAAUGAAUAGCUGACAUUCUCCCAAUGUCCUGAUAUUAUGAUAUUUUUUGCAAUACAUUUCAUAACCACAAGGGGUCAUUGAAAGCAUGAGAGAACAGCUCCACGGUACGGUAUACAGUACUACAAGCAUUCUCAAAUUAUGGAAAAUCUAAAAAAUGCAGACAGUCUAUUUUAGGUAUUCGUGUACUGUUUAAGUACACUACAAUAACACAUAUGUACAAGUACUCUGCUUAUUUGUACAUUUUGUAUUCAAAAUGAACAUCUGGGGGAAAAUAAGUGUUUGUCAUACACAAAUAUUUCACCUUACUCUGUAGAAUUAAACUGUAUUUGCAAUGAUCUAA